UCAAGAAACGAAAUCAAGCUGCUGCUAUGCCCGUUGGCUUGCGAUCUCAUCUCCAUGCCCGCUCUGCUAAACUGAAACUCUUCUUCCUGUCGAUCGGCUCAGCACAAGAAACGGAACAUUCUCAGCAGGCACCACAGACCAGGUGUCAUAACAUCAGUGCAUAGGGCUUCCUAGUAAGGUAAGUCUUUCUUCUAUCAAGUGCUUGUCUUCAGCAUAAGCUUCACGGUGCUUACUGCUACUCUAGUUCUCCCCCUUGAAGUGCCUAUCUUCAGGCUAAGCUUGAUGGUGCUUACUGCUACUCUAGUUCUCCCCCUUGAAGUGCCUACCUUCAUGGCGGUAAACUGGUUUAUGCAGCAGAAAAUGGAGCAUUUCAGGAGAGGAGUGGAGUUUGGGAUGGCCUCCUUCCAGAGAUGCCAUUCCUUGUCCUGUCAAAUGGCAGAGAGCAUGCAGAUCGACGCGCAGAAGGUGGCGAGCAUCCGUCGCACGGAUAAGUCGUCGUCACGGGGUACGAAAUGCGCAGAGAUGCCGGUGAUCCCUGAACAAGCAAUGGAGUUCCUCUCUCGGACAUGGAGCCCCUCCUCCUCGGAUCUGUUCCAGAUACUCUCCCCCAGUUGCCUAGGAACAUCACCGGAAGACCGUCAGGAAGGCGAGGGGAAGGAAGAUGAAGACGGAGAGGAAGAUCUUGGCACGGUCCCAUUCGACGGAGACAAAGGCCAAUUGUUCAAUCAGACUCAGACAUGGAGAGUUUUAGCCAGCGGGAAGCCGAGCUCCAGGCAGCAGGGCAAGCAUAGGCUCCACCAGCCUACUUGGUGCCUAGGAGCAUCACUGGAAGACCGUCAGGAAGCCAAGGGGAAGGAAGACGAAGGCGAAAACGAAGAUGGAAAGGAAGAUCUUGGCACGGUCCCAUUCGACGGAGACGAAGGCCAAUUGUUCAAUCAGACUCAGACAUGGAGAGUUUUGGCCAGUGGGAAGCCGGGCUCCAAGAAGCAGGGCAAGCAUAGGCUCCACCAGCCUACUUGGCUGAACGUGGGGCAGCUGAGCGCGGUCCUGCGCGGCUACUUCCUGGACAGCAUCGUCUCCGUCGCCGGCAGCCAGCGGCGGCGCCGACGCCGCCGCGACGAGCUCCGGCUCCACUCGGCGCAGGCGCACGCGGCCGUCUCGGUGGCGCAGCUCGCCGCGGCCAUCGCCGGCAUCGUGUCGUCGGAGCCGCGGGAGGACAGCAAGAAGCUGGGCGCGGUGCUGGCGUCCGCGGCGGCGCUGGUGGCGACGGUGUGCGCGGAGGCGGCGGAGCGCGCCGGCGCCGGCGGGCCACGCGUGGCCUCCGCCGUGAGGGCGGGGCUCGAGACCAGCCGCCAUUCCCCCGCCGAGCUCCUCACGCUCACCGCGGCGGCCGCCACGUGCCUCCGUGGCGCGGCCGCGCUCAGGCUCAGGGGCGCCGCCGCCGCGGACGUCGACAGAGGGAUCGGAAGCGCUGGAGGCGAUGACGAUGCCUUGGCCGUGAGCAUCAGUGCCGGCGUCCAGAAAGGCGUCGCUCUCAGGGUCUGCCUGCCUUGCGGGAGGGUGCGGGUGAGGACGGUGGCCGUCUUCCCCCAGCGCGGCGGCAGAACGGUGGCGUUGAGGCUAGGGAAGAAGCGCCUCCGGGGCGCCUUCGCCACCUACGACGACCAUGAGGUCCUCGGGGUGUCGUCUUCGUCCUCGCCGGGAGAGACGGUGGCGGUGGUCGACGGCCGGAGGUGCUUCGCGGUGGCGCUGACCACGUCGGCAGGGACGGUGAGGCUGCUGCUGGAAGACCAGACGCACUGGAAGAUCUGGAAGGCCGCCAUAGAGGGCAUGCUGGCCGACGCAAAGCUCAAGCAUGUGUGAAGCCAGUUAAUGAGAUGAUUCUCUGCUUGAUGUAAAAUUAUGUGACAAGCCCUUGAGCCACAUUGCAUUAGAGUAUAAUCGAUAAUAAAUCAAGGUUUUGGCUCUUCUCCAUCUGUUAAACAUGCAUUUCUCCCCCUCCAGAAGUCCAGAUUGGACUGAUGGUGGCACCGAUUCCUCUAUAGCAGAACAGAUUAAAUGCAUUUAACUCACGGAUGAUUGAAUAAUCAAUUUUAGAUGGUAAAAGGUACGAGCAAAAACAUCCAAACUAUAUAGCAUUAAGCAUCUGAAAAUAUAGGGGUGAAAAAUGAGAUUGUUCAUCCAAACUUCUAAGCUACAGGAAGAUAUUUCAUGCGCUACAGUGUGGAUGAGCGUCACAGCAAAAACACACAGGUUGCUCG